UUAUAGGGAGAGCAGAGAAGCUCAGAGAGCAGAACGCCUGCAGAGCACACACAGAGGACUACAGAGCACCAAGGCACUACAACUACUACUAUAUCUGCCGGGGACAACUAGCAGGACUUAUACACUCUGGCCACAAAGAAAUAAAUCAUCACAUUGAUCAGAAUGGGGAUAAUGAGGGGAAUAUUUCUGCUGGUCAUGUUGGCCGUGCCCCAGACAAAGCAAGCUUCAGAGAACGGAGCUGAUGACAACAGUGUAUUCGACCUGUUUGAGUUAACUGGACUCAACCGUAGGAUCGGUAGCCGUAAAGCCUUAGGAGUCCUUCUAGCAAAAGGUCCAGACCCAUCAAGCCCGGCUUACAAAAUCGAAAAUCCCAACAAAAUCCCAGCACUUCCAGAAGAUAAAUUCCAAGAUUUGCUAGAUGCCAUUCGAGCGGAACGGGGUUUUAUCUUGUUGGCUACAUUGAAACAAUUCAAGAAGACCAGAGGGGCCCUGUUGUCCAUCGAGAGAAAAGAUGGCAGGGGCCACGUCUUCAGUCUAACCUCCAAUGGCGAAGCCGGAACGCUAGACCUGAGCAUGAGUGUAGACGACAAACAGCAGGUAGUGUCUGUAGAGGAAGCCAGACUGUCCACGGGCCACUGGAAGAACAUUACCCUAUUCAUCCAAGAAGAUCGAGCUCAGCUCUAUGUGGGAUGUGACAAGAUGGAAAAUGCCGAGCUGGAUGUGCCCAUCCAUCAGAUUCUCAAUGGGGAUUUGGCAAGCAGUUCCCAACUUCGAGUAGCAAAGGGAGGAGUGAAAGACAACUUUCAGGGUGUGCUGCAAAACCUGCGAUUUGUGUUUGGAACCAGCAUGGACGUCAUCCUUCGAAACAAAGGCUGCUCCAGCUCAAACUAUGACUUGGACAAUUCAGUGAACGACUCCCGUCCCGCUAUUCGCACCAAUUUCAUUGGUCACAAGACAAAGGACUACAAUGGUGUCUGUGGUCUUUCCUGCGACGACCUGAACAAUAUGUUCUUGGAAAUGAAAGGUCUACGGGCCGUCAUCAAAACUCUCGAGGACAAGAUCCAGAAAGUGAGAGAGGAAACCAAGAUGCUAGCUAGCGUGGCACCAGGCUGUUUACACAAAGGAGUGAAAUACAACAAUAUGGAUGAGUGGACAGUGGAUAGCUGCACUCAAUGCACGUGCCAGAAUUCCGUAACUAUUUGCCACAAGGUGUCUUGCCCCUUCGUGCCCUGCACCAACGCCACCAUACCAGAUGGCGAAUGCUGCCCCAGAUGUUGGCCAAGCGAUUCUCCCGAUGAUGGUUGGUCCCCAUGGUCAGAUUGGACUCCAUGCUCGGUGACCUGUGGUCAUGGUAUUCAGCAGAGAGGAAGAUCUUGCGAUAGUCUUAAUAACCGCUGUGAAGGGUCUUCAGUCCAAACCAGGUCUUGCCAUAUCCAAGAAUGUGAUAAGCGAUUUAAGCAAGAUGGUGGAUGGAGUCACUGGUCUCCUUGGUCAUCUUGUUCCGUGACCUGUGGAGAAGGUCAGAUCACUAGAAUCCGUCUCUGCAACUCGCCGGUCCCUCAACUGAAUGGCAAGCCGUGUGUCGGAGAAGGAAGGGAGAACAAGCCGUGCAAGAAGGAUCCUUGCCCAAUAAAUGGCCAAUGGGGACCAUGGUCACCCUGGGACACCUGCUCUCUGACCUGCGGAGGUGGUGUGCAGAAACGUGGGCGUCUUUGUAACAACCCCAAGCCCCAGUAUGGUGGUAAAGACUGCAUUGGCGAAAGUGUUGACAGCCAGCUCUGUAACAAGGAAGACUGUCCCAUCGAUGGCUGUCUGUCCAAUCCUUGCUUUGCUGGAGUUAAAUGCACAAGCUUCAUUGAUGGAUCCUGGAAAUGUGGUUCUUGCCCAACAGGCUUCAGAGGAGAUGGUGUUGUGUGUACGGACAUUGAUGAGUGCAAGGAGGUGCCCGAUGCCUGCUUUAACCUUAAUGGAGUACACAGAUGUGAGAACACAGAGCCAGGAUACAACUGUCUCCCAUGUCCGCCACGAUAUUCCGGCACACAGCCAUUCGGCAAAAGCAUUGAGGAUGCCAAUGCAAAGAAACAGAUCUGCAAGCCACAGAACCCUUGUGCUGAUGGAACACACGACUGCAACAAGAACGCAAGAUGCAUCUACCUGGGCCAUUACAGUGAUCCUAUGUUCCGCUGUGAAUGCAAACCUGGGUAUGCCGGCAACGGUAUCAUUUGUGGGGAAGACACAGAUCUUGAUGGAUGGCCCAAUGAGAACCUCAUUUGUGUUGCUAAUGCUACCUAUCAUUGUACAAAAGAUAACUGCCCCAAUCUCCCCAACUCCGGCCAAGAAGACUACGAUAAAGACGGAAUGGGAGAUGCCUGUGACAAUGACGACGAUAAUGAUGGAAUCCUAGAUGAUAGGGACAACUGUCCAUUUAUAUACAACCCUGCUCAAUACGACUAUGACCGCGACGACGUGGGUGAUCGUUGUGACAACUGCCCAUACAACCACAAUCCAGACCAAGCCGACACCGAUAAUAACGGAGAAGGAGAUGCCUGUGCUGUGGAUAUCGAUGGCGAUGGUAUACUUAAUGAGAAAGACAAUUGCGCCUAUGUCUAUAAUGUAGACCAGAGGGAUACAGAUAAAGACGGUGUUGGAGAUCACUGUGAUAACUGUCCAUUGGAGCACAAUCCAGAACAGACCGACUCCGACUCCGAUCUUAUUGGAGACAAGUGCGACAGCAACGAAGACAUAGAUGAAGAUGGUCAUCAGAAUAACCUGGACAAUUGUCCAUAUAUUCCAAAUGCCAACCAGGCCGAUCAUGAUAAGGAUGGCAAAGGGGACGCUUGCGAUCAUGAUGAUGACAACGACGGAAUUCCAGAUGACAAAGAUAACUGCAGGCUGGUGGCCAACCCUGACCAGACCGAUAGUAAUGGUGACGGACGUGGUGAUGUCUGUCAAUUCGACUUCGACAAUGACAGUAUCCCAGAUGCUGAAGACGUCUGCCCAGAGAAUGUAGACAUUAGUGCGACAGAUUUCCGUAAAUUCCAAAUGGUGCCUUUGGAUCCUAAAGGAACAUCCCAGAUUGAUCCCAACUGGAUGGUCAGGCAUUUCGGCAAAGAGCUGGUUCAAACCGUCAACUGUGACCCUGGUCUUGCAGUGGGUUUCGACGAGUUUGGUGCAGUAGACUUCAGUGGCACCUUCUUCAUUAACACCGAGCGGGACGACGACUAUGCCGGCUUUGUGUUUGGCUACCAGUCCAGCAGCCGAUUCUAUGUGGUCAUGUGGAAACAAAUCACCCAGACCUAUUGGGACACAACUCCUACUAAAGCUCAGGGAUACUCUGGUCUCUCCAUUAAGGUGGUGAACUCAACAUCCGGGCCAGGAGAGCAUUUGCGUAACGCUUUGUGGCACACUGGAAACACAGAAGGACAGGUUCGCACCUUGUGGCAUGACCCUCGUCAUACUGGGUGGAAGGAUUUUACAGCUUACAGAUGGCAUUUAACCCACAGACCAAAGACUGGAUUCAUUCGUGUUGUUAUGUAUGAAGGGAAGAAAAUCAUGGCUGACUCAGGACCAAUUUACGAUAAGACUUAUGCUGGAGGACGACUUGGUCUAUUCGUCUUCUCACAAGAGAUGGUGUUUUUCUCAGAUCUCAAAUAUGAAUGUAGAGAUUCAUAGGUCCAGAUCUUAUGCAUUCAGUGAAUGUCAAGAAACCUCAUAGCACCUUCAUGUAUGUUAGAUUUGUUCCAUCUCUAGGGCAAUUCCUUACAUCCCCUUUUUUUUAUUUCGGUAUUUUUGCUUCUGUUGGAACAAAAGACGCCUCCAAGAUCCUAAAACUAAGGAAUGAACUUGACUCUGUGUAAAAUCUUGGGGCCGAUCUCCAUUUGGUUUUUGCCAAGUCUACCAAGGUACUAAAGACAUUAUCCUACAAGUGCCUCAAGGAAAAUGUAUCUACAGAAAGAAACUUUUUAAUUAGAGAUGGAUGUGUUUUUUAUUUUUGUUUUUUAAUUACCCCUUGGAAAAAAAAAAAGAAACAUUUUUAUUACUCCAAAAAGAACCAAACAACAAAAAACUACUAAUGCACAAAUUUACUUACUGGAGUGGUGGCUUCACCACUGAAGAGAAGAGUUGCAAUAAUUCAGGAAAAAAGGUGUUUCUUAUGUUCUUUUCUUUUUUGAGACGAUAUUCUGUCAUUGUUUAUAGAAUCAUGGUAUACCGAUGUAGCGACGGUAGCGAAUGUGAAUGCAUGACCGGCGUGGAUAAAGUAGACAAAGUAUCACUGCCUGUUAGGGUCUGAAUGUAGAAUGCGUGCUACGGAUGAACCAUAUUUUUGGUUAGCGUGGAUACAAAAUGCACUUCUUCCAGCAUUUUGCAUACAAAAAAAAAUCAAAAAACGAAAAAUGUAUAUUUGUUCAAUAUGAUACAUAUCUGUUGGUGCAAGAAAAAUAAAAGUCGAAAAAAAAUGUUGCAUUGACGAAAAACAGCAGAUGGCACGAAUACAGAGAUACAGGUAUAAGUUAUUUUCAAAAAAUAUAUCUAAACAAAAAAAAAGCGGAAAAAAAAUACAGGACGCAUGAUAAUGAUGUUGUUCUUACAUGUUAGGCGGGUGGUAGAUUGUUGGGCUGGACCGCCAUGUGGCUAGGACUUUGUGUUUACAACCGCACUAUAGAAGUGUGCACGGCUGAAUUGUGUGUGGAGAACCGGAGGGAGAGCAAGGCAAGAGGGGUGGAGUGUUUAGGUACAGUGCACUCUCUGUGCUAAAAAAAAAAAAAAAGGCUAAAAUGCAAACCAUAUGUCUCUCUAUACAGUAAUAUAACACCCAAAUUACACUGCGGCAGGUAGACAGUCCUCCGCUGCUGCAAUAAAAAGAGUCAACCAGCAGAUGAAACCUUCAUGUACAAAUAUUACCUCAUUGUGUGACUGAGAAACAGAAAAUGUAUCAGAUUUGAGAGGGAAAAAAAAAAAGAAAAAAAAUUUGAGCGAUAUUUAAGGAAAAAAAAUAAACAUUUAAAAUCUA